CAGAGAUUAUACAAUAAUAACAAUAAGAAGCUUUUUCACGCGUACCAAUAUUUUCACAGGCUGAGCUGGUGUGAGCUCUCUGAGGAAUCCUGCAGAGGUCUCGCGUCCUCAGUGAUCGGCGCCCCGUCUUCUAAUCUGACAGAGCUGGACCUGAGUCAUAACGACCUGUUGGAUUCAGGUGUGCAGAUGCUCGCGGGAGGCCUGCAGAGUCCACAUUGUAGGCUGGAGAUUCUCAAGCUGUUAGGUUGUCAGGUGACGGAGAAAGGCUGCUCCUUCCUGGCCUCUGCACUCAAGUCCAAUACAGCCUCCACCCUAAAACUGCUGGAUCUGAGCUACAAUCACCCAGGAGUCAACGGGAAGGCAGAGCUGAAUGCUAUAGUUGAAGAUCCAAAUAUGAGCCUGAAGACACUCUGUUUGGACCACGAUGGAGCACAUCGGUUAAAGGCAGGACUGAAGAAGUAUGGCGAUGAUCUGAAGCUGGAUGAAAGCACUGCAAGCAAGAGGCUCGUUCUGUCUGAUGGAGGCAGGAAAGCAAAAACUGUACAACUGGUGAAUGAGAAAGUGCAACGACCUGAAAGCCCCGUCAGAUUUAAGAGGACUCAGGUGUUUUGUGAGAAAGGCCUAAACGGUCUCUGCUACUGGGAGGUGGAGUGUGAAGGGGAGGUCGGUAUCGCAGUGGCAUAUAGAGCGGUGGGUAGAAGAUGGGACAGAAGUGGUGGCCUGGGAUGCAAUGACAAGUCCUGGAGCCUGCUCUGCUCCAGAUACACAACCAGAUACAAGACCAGAUACACUGCAAUUCAUGGGAAAACAUCCAAAGAUGUCAAACCCAACAACGGGAAGCUGUCCAAAGCUGUUAAGCGGAACAACAAGAGGACAUCUGAAGAUGUUAAUCCUAAAGAGAACGUACAACGUUGCAAAAAAAUAGGAGUGUUUCUGGAUUGGGAAGCUGGCACUCUGACUUAUUACCGUGUCAAACCUGAAAAGGAGCUCAUACACACUUUUCAUCACAAAUUCACAGAACUUGUCUUCCCAUGCUUCUGGUUUAAGAAUGGCUCUGUGACUUUGUGUGAGAUGAAUCUUUGUAGUGUCCCGUAGAUGGUCUACUCCAGGGGUGCCCGCGCUUUUUCGGAUCGCAAGCUACUUUGCAAGUCCCCAUCCCCCGAAUAAUUGAUACUGCAGAUGACCUCUUUGGUCACUUCGCUCUGUACUUUGAGAGCAGUUAAAAAUUGCGCUUAGUCUUAGUUUUUUUCAAUCGCUAACAAGCACUUACCCAUAUUUCAGAAUUUUUUUCUAAACUCUUAACACUCACACCUACAAGACACAAUUGGCCAAAUUGAUCAUUUUCUUCUCAAAAACACAUUUUGUUAAAUAUAUACUAACUCUUAAUUUAAAAACAGAACACAUCUUUCUCUGCACACACUAACUUUACCAAAACAAU